AUGUGGCUUUCUACUAGAAAGGAUCAUUUGGACGAUGGAGCUCCACCAAACAGAGCUCCAUGUGUCUCUUUUGGAGGAUUCUUUAACAGCUCGCUGAGGAUGGGAUUUGGACUACAAUUCCUUGCUCUUUUAUCUCUAAAUUUUGUAUAUUAUAGUUUUAAUGGAAAAGGAGUGUUUAGCUAUGAUUUAAGCGGCUUGCCAGAGGAAACUAGGCUCGACCCGAAUUUUAGGUUCUAUACAACUAUGGCAUCAAUGUUUUAUAUGCUUGGCUCAUUGAGUCUUGUUUGUUUUCAGGUUCUUCUAGCAGAUGAUACAUGCUGGGCUAGAGGAUAUCGCUCUGGUUCUAAGAUAUUGCGCUUAGCUACAUUUUUGGAUACGGUCAGCUCAACACUCCAGUUUAUUUUUUAUUUGUAUGUUUCCAAGUUUUACAGUAAGAGGUGGUAUGCUCACCUUAACGAAGGUGGAAGUGAGCUUGUUUUCAUGGUCUUCACCAGGAACAUUCACGCCUGCGCCUGCCUUUUGUAUGGUGUGGCAUGUUAUCUAUUGGAAGUGUACCACGAUGAGGGGGCCGGAGAUUUGCACGCAUAUCUUAAUGGCGUUUUAUUUGUUGCAACUGGAGUUAUGGAAUUUGCCGUUUUGUUGUUCAACGUUAAUGGAGCUUACACGCCAUUGCUGUUGCUAUCUCUUGCUGCAGCCGCUCUUUGGGCAUUUUACUUUGAACCUGAGGUGACUUUUGUUUCUCCAACUCUUGAAGAAACUGAACUGACCAAUGAUGUUGAACAGCAGGUGGAGAAGUUCACGAGGCUCACGCCAACCAGCCAAAUUCCUUACUAUUAA